AUGAGUCUCUUUUUUAAAUCCCCGAUUGAUAUUGAAAUCCUUCUAGAUGGCGAAGAAUCACGAAAGCAUGUUGAAAUCGCCAACUCUUCCGACAGCGCCUCUGCUAGAACACUCAGAGAUAAAUACCCUGUCUACGAGGAUGGCGAAAGUGUAAGCGGCAUAGUUACAUUGAGAGUCAAGGAGGGAAAGAAACUAGAACAUCUAGGAAUCAAGGUGAGUCUUGUUGGAAGCGUCGAUAUUUCGAAGUCUAGUUCCGAGAGUAAGAAACGGCCCGUUGAGACGUUUCUGAGCUUGAGCGCAGAUCUAUGCCCUCACGGAGAGCUGAUCCACUCUCAGAACUUUCCUUUCCAUUUCAAGGACGUAGAAAAAAGAUAUGAAUCUUACAGGGGCAAAAAUGUGGAUGUGUCCUACUAUAUCAAAGUAACAGUACUACGGAAAUCAACGGAUAUUGUUAAACACAAGCGAUUUUGGUGCUUUCUGUACAACAGAGAGGCUUUACCAUCGGCCGUAAGCAGCUCGCAAAAUGAAGGAAAGCCCGUGAAACUAGAUAUUGGAAUUGAAAACUGCCUGCACAUUGAGUUCGAAUACUCCAAAUCUCAGUUCUCUCUGAAAGACGUGAUAGUGGGAAGGAUAUACUUUCUGCUUACGAGACUGAAAGUCAAACACAUGGAGCUUAGUGUCAUCACCAGGGAAACGUGUGGAUUAGAGCCCAACCAACUCUCGGAUUCCACAUCUAUUCGUUAUGAGAUAAUGGAUGGGUCGCCGGUGAAGGGAGAGACCAUACCUAUAAGGUUGUUCCUGGGUGGCUACGACUUAACUCCCAGCAGCAACUUCAAUCACUUCAGUAUCAAGAAUUACCUCAGUCUAGUCAUCAUCGAUGAAGACGGCAGGCGAUAUUUCAAGCAAUCUGAGAUUGUUCUCUACAGGAAGCGGAAUUAA